UCAACUCGAUGUGUACGGAAGUGUAGCAGCAGAGGAGAAAACUGAGAUGAUCAAACACGUUUUUCUGACAGGACCUCCAGGUGUGGGUAAAACCACGCUGGUCCAGAAAGCCUGUGAAGCUCUGGUGUCAUCAGGAGUGAGAGUUGAAGGUUUCUACACAGAGGAGGUCAGGGAGGGGGGCCGUCGAGUCGGCUUUGAUGUAGUCACAGUGACGGGAGAGCGAGGCCGGCUGUCCAGAAUCAGAGACGUGUCCGCUCUGUCUCACGGCAGACGGGAAUACACGGUGGGACAGUAUGUGGUCGACCUGCCAUCGUUUGAAAGUGUGGCUCUCCCUCUCUUCAGAAAUGUGGGUUCAGGAGGAGGGGGCGACAGGAAGGUGUUUGUCAUCGAUGAGAUCGGUAAGAUGGAGCUCUUCAGCCAGUCCUUCAUCAGAUCAGUGAGGCAGAUUUUAGAAAGCUCCCCCUGCACCGUCCUGGGUACCAUCCCCAUCCCGAAGGGUAAACCUCUGGGCCUGGUGGAGGAGGUGCGGGGCCGGAGGGAUGUCAAGGUCUUCACUGUGUCAAAGGAGAACAGGAGCUCUCUGCUACAGGACAUCCUAUCAGCACUACAGGACUGUCUGAAACAAAGCUAACGUGUGGGUUCAGAGCCUCUUUAGAGGAGGAACCGUGCAGCCUGUGAGGGUUUUAUGCUGACGGUCAGUUUUAUUUGUGUCAGUGAGCGUACAGGCCAAGUGUUGAGUGGAUCCACACACGCUCACAUCAGGGUUAUGACCCAACCUGAAGGACACGCAGAGCCGCAGGAGCAGUGUUUGUGUCACAUGCAUGCAUUUAUGUUCAAUAUUAAUUUCUUUCUUUCGCAUACGGCCUCAAAAUGGAUUACAUGCUGAAUAAUUGAUGGUGAGAUGGAACACGGCGGGGAAUUGUUCAGUUAGUGUGUAAAUAACCUGCACUCGAAGAGUCCAGCACCGUUUGUGUUGAACACAGAUCAGAUUUAUUUCUCAUUAAGAUCUUGGUUUAAAGCUUACAGCGUUCAUUUUACAGUAACAAAGAAAGAUUGUUGUAGAUUUAUUCUUUUAUCGGCUGUGUUAGCCUCUCCUGUGUUUGUCUUGUCAACCGCAGGAAUUGCUCACAGAGAUCGAUCAAUAUUUAACCGUGCUUGUAUGUCCAAUCCUUUCAUGGUUUAUUCAUUCACCAGUGUGAACAAGAAAUGGAAAAAUAAACAGACAUUGUCUUUCA